AUGGAACAACCCACGCAGCCCACAGGGCAACAACAGAACAGACAGCAGCCUGUCUAUGACACCCGGAACGGCGGACACUAUGGCGCGAGCGCAGCUCUCUCAGCACAAGGAUAUGCGCCUGUCGCGGAAUUGUACACGGGCACAUGGUCGAAUGUCAACCAAGGACUGCAAGGGAACUCGCGUGAUAUUUUGACCACCUACUGGCAGCAAGUCAUCAACCAUCUUGAAAGCGAGAAUCACGAUUAUAAAAUCCACCAGCUGCCACUGGCGCGCAUCAAGAAAGUCAUGAAAGCUGACCCGGAAGUCAAGAUGAUCUCGGCAGAGGCACCAAUACUCUUUGCCAAGGGCUGUGACAUAUUUAUUACCGAACUCACGAUGCGCGCUUGGAUCCAUGCCGAAGACAACAAGCGCCGGACUCUGCAGCGUUCUGAUAUUGCUGCUGCCCUCGCAAAGUCCGACAUGUUUGAUUUCCUCAUUGACAUCGUCCCCCGUGAAGAGGCGACUUCACACGCCAAACGAUCAGGCCAACCCGGUGUAGCGCCCCCAACAGCUCCCGCACCACCGGCCGGACAUAUUUCUGCCAACCAGGCUGGAGUUCAACACCCUCAACAUCACCUGGGAGCUCCCGAAUAUGCCUUGAGCCAGCAUCCCAUUCCUCAGGACCAGGACUACAGAAACCAGCCAGGCAUGUAUCCUGGCGCUGUACAAUCUGACCCGGGAGCCUAUGGCCAGCCCCAGCCUCAGAUGUUUGACGGCAUGUACACGGCAUACUCGCAUUUGCCAACCCAGCAGGUACGUUCGCCGCAAUGA